UGCAAAUUGAAACCCAAUGUUAAUGUUGUGCGUUAUGUACCACACUCUUUUUUUAAAUAAGAAUUUUUUAGACUGGAGCCUACCCAUAAAUUGAAUCAGAGCUUCCGAAAACACAAAAACACAAAACACACAGUCAACAUUUCUCAAAUGUCGGUUGGAAACAAAAGAAAUACACACAUCUUCUUUCGAGCACACUUCCUUAACUUACCUCUCUCAUUUCUUUCUCAAUCAUUGGUGACCACAAGAUGCUGAAUCAGGCAGCGAGAGUGAGAAAGAAAAAAAAAACUCCAGAAUGGUCGGGAAACCGAAAGCAAGACAAAUAUAUAAACAGUACAUGAGCCAUAUCACAGCAUAAAGGUUGAUCGUAUCUUGAUCUUGUCCACUGUUGACCCAAGAUGACUGUUUGGCGUCGAGCGCUCAUCCUCCUUUGCUGUGUACUGGGCUGUGUGGAGUCCUCAUCUUCGUCUCAAGUCCUCCACAGGAACAAAUACAACAACUCCUUCCGUCUCACCAGGUCCACCCGAACCCGAGUCCAGCAGCUCCAGCGGAAAUAUAAUGAGCAGCAGUUGGGGAAUAAGCAUUUUGAGGACAGAAGUCGGCAGCUAAAGGACCUGCCGUCGCUCUCUACAGAUUUCCACGGCUGGCUGAAUCUGACGGAAUUUGAACGACUGCAUGCUGCUUUCUUGGACAUGCAAGCCUACUGGACGACGCUGGAGCGGAAGAGACAACAGAUCGAGAAGGAGGAGAAAGAGCAGAUGGUGAAGCGGGCGCCUGGCACCACUUUAUCUCGGAGCAUCAGGCACAUUCAGCAUGACCUGAGGGACCUGAUGAGCCAAGUCAGCAGUCAGAUGAGUUACAAGAAUAGUUCUUGGACAAAGCCAACCUUUCGCACACCCUUGAACCCACCAACCAGAUCCAAAACAGUAUGGGACAGCAGAGUGGAGGGUUACAUCAUUCUGCGGGAUCUAGACCUUUACCUCACCAAGCUGGCAAGAGACUUCCUCCUUCUGGCUUCAAAAACACACUGCGACACACACACAAAAGAAAGAAACGACUGA